GAAAGGGGGGGGGGAAGGCGGCGACGGGACGGGACGGGACGGGACGGGACGGGACUGAUUCGCCCCCCCCGGCCCCGCAGCAGCCCCACAGCGCCCUCAGCGGCCCGCAUGGAGCCGCCGUGCCCGGUUUGAGCGAGUACGGCGGGACCCGCAGCCGCCGAGCCCCGCCGGGCGGGCGGGCGGGCGCAGCAUGGUGGACUAUAUUGUGGAGUAUGACUAUGAUGCAGUGCAUGACGAUGAGUUAACAAUUCAAGUUGGGGAAAUAAUCAGGAAUGUGAAAAAACUGGAAGAAGAAGGAUGGCUAGAAGGGGAGCUAAAUGGCAAGAGGGGCAUGUUCCCUGACAACUUUGUGAAGGAAGUUAAGAAGGAUGUAGAGCCCAAGGAUGAUGCCCUACCAGCCAAGAAGGAGAAACCUGGCAAUGUAGCAAGCCUUGUGCAGCGUAUGAAUAUCUGUGGGCUUCCAGCAGGAGGAUUCCAGCCUCAUCCACCACCCAAAACCUUCAAGAAGAAGUCCAAGAAGAGGCAAUGUAAAGUGCUCUUUGAAUAUGUCCCGCAGAAUGAGGAUGAGCUGGAACUCAAGGUGGGGGAUGUGAUCGACAUCAGUGAAGAGGUAGAAGAAGGCUGGUGGAGUGGAACACUAAAUGGCAAGUCAGGGCUGUUUCCUUCCAACUUUGUGAAAGAAUUGGAAUCGACGGAUGAUGGAGAAACACAGGACUCUCUGGAUGACGCAGAGUCUGUUUUCAGUGGUCCUACCUCACCUGUGGCUUCUCCAGGGAAUGGAGCUGAACCUGGAUCUGGACCAGCACAGCCAAAGAAAAUACGAGGUGUUGGGUUUGGAGAUAUCUUUAAAGAAGGCUCAGUUAAACUUAAGACAAGGUUAUCCAGUGGUGAAUCAGAAGACAAAAAGCAAGAUAAGUCCUCACCUCACCAUCCCCCUGGAUCAAAGCCAAUUCAUUUUCCUUGCGUAACAAAAAUGGAAAACUCGUCAGAAGGAGCAAAAUCAGAAGGUGAAAGUAAACCAAAAGCCAAGGAAUAUUGCAGGACAUUAUUUUCCUAUGAAGGCACAAAUGACGAACUGAGUUUUAAAGAAGGCGAGAUUAUUCAAAUUAUCACUAAGGAUACUGGAGAGCCAGGCUGGUGGAGAGGAGAACUCAAUGGUAAAGAAGGAGUCUUCCCUGAUAAUUUUGCUGUUCAAAUACACGAACAUGAUAAAGACUUCCCUAAGCCAAAGAAACCUCCUCCUCCAGUUAAAGGUCCAGCUCCUAAACCUGAAUUGCCAGCUGGAGAGAAGAAAUUCCCUUUGAGGACUGAAGAAAAAGAUGAAAAAGGAGCUUUGGAUCAGAAGCCUUUGAAGCCACAAGCUCCUCAAGUACCACCCAAGAAGCCCAUUCCUCCAAGCAAGACUAACAGCCUUUUGAGAGCAGGGUUUCAGCAUCCAAAACGUCCAGAAAAACCUGCUUUGCCAUCAUCUACAUCCAAAUCUAAUGGAGAAGUCGUUUCUCUUCGACCAAAAUCUGAAAUUGAGCCAGUAGCAAAACCAAAGUUAGACUCUGAACAGUUACCACUUAGACCAAAAUCAGUAGAGGUAGAUUCGCUUGUGGUAAAGAGCUCUCGAGAAUCAGAUCUAUUAAGCUUUGAUGACGUAAUAGCUACCUCAGAUAAUCUAUCUCACCCUACUGCAAGUCGACCCAAGAUGCCUGGUAGGAGGCUGCCUGCACGUUUCAGUGGUUGUAUUUCUUCAAGUGAAAUCGACAGUGCAGAAAAAAAACUGAAGGUGCAGAAGGAAGAAGAAGAAAGUGCCAAACCAAAGCCAGUUGAAACAAAAAAGCCAUCUGUGUUGAGUCCACCAAUUCCAUCUUCAUCUCAGAGACCAAGUUCUGCUAUACUCAACUUUUUUCCGGUAGAAGUCCAACCUAAAGGAGAAACAGAGAAUACGCAAAUACAAACACCUGUGGAAGAGCUCAGGACUCAGAUUCAUGAUUUGAUGAGUUUAGUAGACACACUGAAAAAAGAACAUGGGAGAGAACUGGAAAAAAUAAGGAAGGAUUUGGAAGAAGAAAAGCUGAAGCGAAGUAUUCUGGAGGCUGAAAUAGAAAAAUUGAAGAAAUCAGUGAUGUCUACAUGAGACACCCAUGGACUUGCUAUCUUUAACUUGCCAGGAAUUCAAGCUGAACACAAGCAGAACUGACUCUUAUUUUGUAAUAAUGGAUGCUGGUGUUCUACAGUCUUAAAGAAAAAUAUAGUAAAGAGGAAUAUAGUCUUUUAUUCAGAGAUAAGAAAACAAAAGAGAAUAAUGGUGUAAUUUUUUUGCCAAUAUAAAAGAGGCCUUAUUUCUUACUGUGCUGGAAUUGCAGACCUUUAUUUUUUGGUUUGCUUGAAAAUACUACUGAAUCUGUAUAAAAAGGAGAGGGAAUUCUUAAUAGAUUUUUAUUGAAUACCUGUAGCUUAAUUUUUAAAGAGAUCUAUACUAUAAAUAGGGUGAUCUAUCUUUACAAGUAAUCUGUAAAAUAAUCUAUUGGGAGGGACGGAAUAGCUGUAUCGUAAUUGUAGUCACUAUUUUUCCCCUACAUGCAAAAAGGGAAUAUUUGUAUAUUUUUUAAUUUUGGCAGUCUUACCCAGGGUUAUGCUGUUGUGCCUGUCUGCAGUGAGAAUAUUAAUAAUAUGCUGUUUAUAAGUUGAGCAAUGAGAUAGGAAUUUGUUAAUGCAAUGAAUCGGAUGACACACCUAUGCAUUGUAGUAAGAACGGAUGACCUAAUCAGAGUAGUUUAGCAGAACAUUUUGUCACUUGCACUAUUGGAUUAAAAAGGGAUUUAGGACUGCAUCACAAAGUUACAACAAAAGUAACUUUUAAUACUACAAAAUGCAAGAAAUACAGAAACAAGGCUAGAAUCCAGUCUUAACAGAACCUGUUGUGCCUAAAAUACUACAGCACACAAUGUGAAAAAGUAAACCUUAACUCACAAUGUCUGUGCUUGUGUGUAUCUAAACUGAAGUCAUCAGUCUUUCUAGCGGUUAAGUAUGCAUUUUGAUCUGUUAUUACAGUAGUCAGUUUUUGUUUAUAAUAUGGCUCAAAAUAAAUCACUUUGGAACUUUACUACUCUCAAAAUGUCUCAAUAUUUAUAUAUUUAUGCCAUAAACCUUCUCAGUGUAUUGUGUACUUCUAAAUUUAAUUACAUCUUUGUAUUUAACGAGUGAUUGGAACGAUUGCUUUGACAGCACUGUGCUGGCAUCCAAGACAGCAUCUUUCACUUUUUUUUUUAAUAGAAAAUGGUUGAAAUCUUGUGGACUGCCAUUAUCUUUAACCCCUGAGCUCAACACUGUGCACCAGAAUAAUAUACAGAUAAUAUUCAAAGUUGUGGGAGACAAUUAUAUGUAUUGCUCUAUUCACUUGAUAAAAAAUGAAAAACAAUUUUAAAAAGCCAAUCAAAUGUGUUACUUCUGUUAGUAACAAUCUUAUCUCCUUUUGGUCUACUGAAAUUUAAAUGACAAAAGCAUACCAUAUUAGUAGACAACUUAACCAAUAAGAGAAAUAAUUAAGUUUCUAUUCAUGGGAAUAGCCAUAAAUACAGUAAUUAUUUACUAUGUCACUUGAGCAAGAGAUACGGAAGUGAGAUAUAUUCUUGAGAAUAUGCUUUCUCAACAGUUGAUGCAUCAUAAAAAAAACAAACAUCAAAAAUUCAAUUGGAUUCUGUUUCUUGGUUGCUGAUCAAAUUUUCUGUAAAAUUUGAUUAAUAUACUAUGCAGGUAUUAGGUAAUAUUUUCUAGUCAUAUCGCUAAUAAGCUGAUUUGAUAUUAAUGCUUUUAACUUUUAAUUGCCUAGAUGCAUCACAAAUGAAGACUUGAGCCAGAUCUUUAUAUUGAGGAGUAAUGUGCAGUAGUGCUUCUUGUCAGACACUAAGCUCGUACUUAGAAUUCAUACCUCUAAGUCAGAUGAUGAAGAGCAAGAGUUGAGCCUAAUGGAAUAGCAAAUUUUAUUAUACAAGCUCUUCAUCAUGAUUAGAGCAUGAAACAAACCUUGUAAUGGAUUGCUCUACAGAAAUAGUCUGCAUAUAAGCUUGUAGCAGACAAACAACAAGACAAUCAGUUAAAACCACAAAUGAAAGGUGUUAAUUAUUUAAUGGCCUUUGUUCGCUAUAGCAAUAAAUGACCCAAGUGCAAUGACUUGAUUUAAUAAAACCCUAUUUUAAAAGUCGCUGCUAUGAGUGUUUUUAGCCAUAAAGAAGUUGCCCUAAUAAAUGUCUGUCUUGUCUUCAGCUAGUGUUACAUACUAGAGUGGAUGAGAAGAGAGUAAUGGUUUUGAAGACAUUCCAUAGUACAAGUUCCUAAAAGCAGUAUGCUUCUCUGACUUGUUUACUGGUGCUGUAAAAUGAUGCAUGCUAUCCAAACUCAGUAAAUAAAAUAAUUUAAAACUGU